AAAAAAAAAAAAAAAAAACAAAAAUUUCGCCGGAGUUAGGUUGAAGAACCAAUCUUUAAAUGGAAGCAAGUAGCAAAGCUGCGCAUCAUUGGAUAUCACCGAAAGAAGCAACUGAGAAUCCGGAGGACCAGAGAAUUGAUCAAUUUGAUCCUUUACAUAAUAAGCUUCCACAAAUUUUGCAAAGGGGUAAAGGAUAGUCAGAAUAUGAUGUAUUUCUUCAUCUCUCUGCAAUUUCUUCUACCUUAAAAUCCUUUGUUUUCCAUAAAGGCACUUCGUAUGUAGAUAAAAAAAAAAAAAACUCUACUUUUCUUCUGUUACUGUUUACUAUUGAGCUGAGUGAAGGAAUGGACAUAUUAAUUAGGAACACCAUGCAUGAACGCCCAGCAAAAUAUAUUGAUAGCCUUAUAGCCAUGUGAAUAUGUAAUAUAUGGGAAACAAUUUGAAGUGGUUCCUUUAAACAGAGUUUCCUCUUUGCCCUUAUCAUGGGAAGCCAAAUCGACAUCUCUGCACUCUGCUUCCAUAUACGCUGAUAUGGCUUCCCUGUUAUCUGCUAAACGAGACAUGUGAGCUCCGUGGUAAUAAGACUUUGUAAGGUUAAGGCUGUGUAUGAUUCACAAAUGCUCCCAACUGAAUUUAAAAGUUGAAAUUGAAACUGAACCCAUGAGACUCCAACAAUGCAAUUUAGAGCUAAAUCAGGUACGACCCGGAAUCGCCAGUUCCAAAUUGGAAUCGGACCAUGUCCAUGCUCAAGUAAAAGAGGUCUAGAAAGCCAAGGUAAAACCAGCCAAAUUUUGAUAAACUUUUGACGUGGAAAGCCAAUUAACAAUAUGCAGUCUAAAAAUUGAUAAAUUUUAAGAAUGCUUUCCCAGUUAGGGACUUAAAAAAUAACAAGAAGAUGUAAUCGCUGUAAUAACAAUAUUAAAUUUUGAACCCUCACAAGUAGGCCUGAUAAGACACAGUCGUCGUUUAUUAAAAUAGUCAGAUUGUUGAAAUCACUGAUUGGGGACCGAUGAAAGUGCAAGUUAUGGGAAGAACAUGGGGGGGCUUAUCAACACUUGCAAAUCCUUUUACCUUUUUCCAGAACUAGCAUAUGCAGACUCCACAUUCACAAAAAGAGGCCAAUGCCCAAAUGAAAUUUGGUCGGUUUCCGCCACCAGAACCAUUUAAAAAAAUAAUAAAAAUAAGGCCAAGGCUCAGAUGUUUUUGAAUGUCCAUUCCACUAUCAGCUCUUAUUAUAUAUAUAUGGGAUUCAGCCUUUCUGAUUCUGAUUGCAUUCCAAGGCCAAACUUAGUUAAAUCUUUGGCAAGUUGCUCUAGUGCUCAUACUGCACUCUCACUUUAAACCGUUAAAUCAAACCCACUAGCUUCCUUCUUUCAACUUCCCAUAAUUUAGGCUGCAUUUUUCCUUUGUCAGAUAUAGUUUCUUCAUCAAAUGAUAGAGACAAAGCAAAUUUGAACUGGGGAUUUUGAAUUCCAGCAAUUUGCAAUAGAAUUCUACAUUGUUUCUUAGUUUCAGAAUUUUUUCCUAGUUGAGCUCAAAUGGGUUGUUCUCGUCUGCCAUUACUUGUGUUCUGCAUUUUCUGUCUUUGCUUCUUCCUUUACACCGCCCAAGCUAGGUGGCAUCAUCACCAUACAAAGCAUAAACACACUCACUCUCAGAAACCAUCCGGAAUUUCUCAACCUCCCUAUUCUUCACCUGAAUAUGCUCAUCUUUCAGAACCUCCCUCUACUCCACCUGAAUUUUCUUAUCUUCCAGAACCUCCAACUCUUCCGCCUGAAUCUGCUAAUCUGACUCCCACUCCUUCACCUGAGCCUGCUAGCUCGCCUGAUGAUGGGAGUGACUACAAUUCUGGGGUUUUUGAUGUGCGGAAAUUUGGAGCUGUUGGUGAUGGUAUAACAGAUGAUACUGAUGCAUUCAAGAUGGCAUGGGAAACAGCCUGCCAAGUUGAUUCUGCAGUUAUCCUUGUUCCUUAUGGCUUCACAUUCAUGAUUCAGUCUACAAUUUUCACAGGCCCUUGUCAAUGUGGUCUGCAGUUUCAGGUUGAUGGGACUCUUUCACCUCCUGAUGGACCAGACUCCUGGCCACAAAAGAACAGCAAACGACAAUGGCUUGUCUUUUACAGAGUUAAUGAAAUGUCUCUAGUAGGAGGUGGGGUAAUAGAUGGCAGAGGAGAGAAAUGGUGGGAUCUUCCAUGCAAACCCCACAAGGGAAUAAAUGGAACCACAUUGCCUGGACCCUGCGACAGUCCAAUAGCCAUUAGGUUCUUUAUGAGCUCCAACUUGACUGUUCAAGGACUUAGAAUCAAGAACAGCCCCCAAUUCAACUUCAGAUUUGACAACUGCAAGACUGUUCAUAUAAAAUCCAUUCACAUUACUGCUCCUGCCCUGAGUCCUAACACUGAUGGAAUUCACAUAGAGAACACCAAUGACGUAGAAAUAUACGAUUCAGUGAUCUCCAACGGUGACGACUGCAUAUCAAUUGGGUCGGGCUGUUAUGAUGUAGACAUAAGGAAUGUCACUUGUGGACCUAGUCAUGGAAUCAGUAUUGGGAGUCUAGGCAAUCACAACUCUCGAGCCUGUGUAUCUAACAUCACGGUUAGAGACUCGGUGAUCAGAGUGUCGGAUAAUGGAGUAAGGAUCAAGACAUGGCAGGGUGGGUCAGGAGCAGUAUCAGGAAUAACAUUCAGCAAUAUUCACAUGGACAAUGUAAGGAAUCCGAUUAUAAUAGACCAGUUCUACUGCUCGACAAAGGACUGCGCCAACAAAACAUCAGCAGUUUUUGUGUCGGACAUUCUCUACGAAAAUAUAAAGGGAACUUACAACAUUCGAAGCCCACCAAUGCAUUUUGGCUGCAGUGACUCAGUGCCUUGCACCAACUUGACUUUCUCAGAUGUUGAGCUUCUUCCUGCUCAAGGAGACAUAGUUCAGGAUCCAUUUUGUUGGAAUGCAUAUGGAGAAUUGCAAACACUAACUAUUCCACCAGUCUCUUGCUUGAUGGAGGGUGCUCCUCGAUCCAUGUUGGAUAAUGAGAUGGAUUAUUGUUGACCCAUGCUAGAUUGGACUGUAAAGUAGUUUCGAUAUGUACUGUACUGCACAUAAUUGAAAGAGAAGCCAUGAUUAAUGUAGUAUCAUGGUAACUGGAUCUAAUUAUGUAAUGAUUGUGGAACGUUGUAUUUUAUUAAACUUCCCAUAAUAAU